CGUCAAGCAGGGCUGCGGGAGAAGGGAAAAGAGGGGAAAGAAAAAAAAAACCUAGAACUCAAUUACAAGAAAUCAGAACUGAAGCUCAAGGAAUGGAAGUUACUCCAUUAGAACGUGAUCCGGGACUACGUAUUCCAAUAAUGCAACAUGAUGUUAACAAGCGUGAUGAAGUUUGAAGAGCAUAUUUGAAGUUAGGACUUUAUCAACCUAAAUUAGAUUAUCCACUCUCUAAAUUCGGAAAGAAAAACUAUCCACCAAAGAAGCCAGCAUUCACUAGUGAAGGUCUCAGAAGAUGUUGCUCAGUUAAUAGUGGAUCAGAUUGUCUAUUCCAAACUCACUCGGGAAACGUUGAUUCUGGACACUCCACUGCCAAAGGGAAUUCAGAUGAUCUAAAGAAUUCAACUCAAAGAAUCCGUCUCUUAAUGGAAAGAAAAAGAAAAGAAGAUGUGAAGAGAAAUAGGUUGCGUGUCAAGGCAACAAUUGAAUGUUUAAUGUGGCUUGCUUUCCAACAAUGUGCAUUCAGAGGUUAUGAUGAGUCAAAAAGUCCAAGGAAUCGCGGGAAUUUUAUUGAGUUGUUAAAGUUUUCAGCAACACUUAAUGAAAAUGUGAAUUCAGUUGUUUUGGAAAACACUCCUGGAAAUGCCAAAUAUACGUCACCGAGUGUUCAAAAAGAGAUUUUGAGCAUUAUAUCUAACAGAGUUGGAAGUAAGAUUCGCGAGGAAAUUGGAAAUGCUAAAUAUUGUAUACUUGUUGAUGAAUCCAGAGACGCUUCCAAGAAAGAGCAAAUGGUGAUUGUUUUAAGGUAUGUAGAUAUGUAUGGUUGUGUUCAAGAAAGGUUUUUUGAUAUUCAACGUGUUGAUGAUACAUGCGCAUUAACUUUGAAAAAAGGAAUAACAACAAUCCUUAAUUAUUAUGGUCUUCAAAAGAAAAAUAUGCGAGGGCAGGGGUAUGACGGCGCUAGUAAUACGCGAGGUCAUUGGAAUGGGUUACAAGCUUUGUUUCUCAAAGAAUGCAAAUAUGCUUAUUAUGUUCAUUGCUUUGCACAUCACUUUCAAUUAGCUCUUGUGAAGACAUAUGAAGCGAUGGGUCCUAUUUGGAAAUUCUAUUCAAUGUUAACAUCAGUAGUUAAUCUCGUUACAGCUUCUUCUCAUCGUUUUGGUGACUUUCAAUCUGCCCAAGAAGAAGAGAUUGAAAAAGGGUUAGCUAAUGGUGAACUUGAGACAGGAAAAGGGGCAAACCAAAUAGGUACUUUGCGUCGUGCUACAGAUACUCGUUGGAGUUCUCAUUAUGGUUCUGUAUGCAGCCUGAUUGAUAAGUUUGAAGCAACUUGUACAACAAUAGAUCAUAUUGGAGCAAGCGAUCCGAACGUGACUGCUAAAGUUGGUGAAGCUCAAAGUAUUUCUGAAUAAAUGAGAUCAUUCAGGUUUGUCUUUGUCUUGCAUUUGAUGUAUAAAAUUAUGGGAAUUACUGAAAUAUUAUGUCAAAGCCUACAAAAGAACACUAGACUUUGUUAAUGCUAUAUCUUCAGUCUCAACCACAAAAGCUCUACUUCGAGAAUUGAGAGAAGAAGGUUAGGAAGAUUUUAUUACAACUGUGGUUAAAUUUUGUGGUAAGAUGUUCAUACACCUAAUAUGGAGGCUCGCUAUAUGGAGGGUAUGGGUCGUUCUUGUCAGCAGCGUGAUAAUAUCACAGUAGACCAUCAUUUUCGUGUUGAUAUAUUUAAUGCUACAAUUGAUUGUCAGUUGUUAGAGUUGGAUCGUAGGUUUCCAGAAGACACAAUAGAGUUACUAAUUCUGAGCUCGUGUUUGGAUCCUAGAGAUUCUUUUAAGUCAUUCAAUGUGGAUAGUCUUUGUGAUCUUGCUAAGAAAUUGUACCCUCUAGAUUUCAGUCCGCAAGAGGUACAUAUUUUGAGAAAUGAGUUACAACAUUAUGGCCAUGAUGUAGUUAGAGAUUUGAAUUUUCAGAACUUAUCAAGUGUUUCUGAGUUGUGUCGGAAGCUAGUAGCUACCAAGAAGGCAGAAACUUACCCAAUUAUUGAUAGGUUGAUUCGUAUUGUAUUGACUCUUCCAGUUUAUACUGCAAGUGCAGAAAGAUAUUUUUCAACAAUGAAAUUGGUUAAAACAGCUGCUCGCAACAAGAUGGAAGGAGAUUUUCUUAGGGAUUGCAUGAUGAUCUACAUCGAACGAGAAAUUGCAGGAGCUAUUGAUAUUGAUUCGAUCAUAGAUGAAUUUGACGACAUGUACGAUCGCAAGGUACCACUUAGGUACUAGGCUUCGGUUGGCGAUAGUCAUUUUUUGGCAGAACACUCUUAUAUGUAUAUUUUGGGUAAUAUG